AUGGCGAAAAGGGAUGGCCUCCUCCUCCAGCCCCGUAUCUCCAAGAAGCCACCCUUCAGCGUCGAGGUUCCCGGCGCCGAAAAGGUUGAAGGGGAGAGCAUCCCUCGUCGUCACCCUGCCGCAAAGGAUGGCCUUCUGACCAAACCCCGCCCAGAAAUCUCCACACUCUACGAGAACCUCCAAUGGAGCGUGAAGCAGUACGGAAACGCUAAAGCUGUGGGAUCGCGCCGGAUAGUCAAUACGCAUGUCGAGAACAAGAAGGUUAAGAAGAUGGUGGAUGGCGUCGAGCAAGAGGUCGACAAGGCUUGGACGUAUUUUGAGCUAAGCGGAUACACAUAUCUAAGCUUUAUCGAGUAUGAGAAACUUGUUUUGGAGCUGGGUGCGGGCUUCAGGAAGCUUGGGUUGGAAAAGAAUAGCAAGAUCCACCUGUUUGCUGCUACAAGUGUGCAUUGGUUGGCGACUGCACAUGGCGCUACGUCGCAAUCGAUGACUAUCGUUACUGCCUAUGAUUCAUUGGGAGAGGACGGCUUGAAGAAUUCCCUUACCCAGACACACAGCACCGCAAUUUUCCUCGAACCUGUGCUCCUACCCACACUUGAGCAUGUCUUGAAGGAUGCAAAGGACAUUAAACAUGUUAUCAUAGACACAGCAACCGAAGUCAAACAAGCUGAUGUGGACAGCCUUAAGGCUAGCUUCCCCGAUCUCAACGUCAUCAGUUUCGAAGAUCUUCGGAAACUUGGCGAAGAAAAUCCCGUGGACCCCGUACCACCAACACCAGAUGACCUGUGCACUGUAAUGUAUACCUCUGGAUCCUCUGGGCCCCCUAAAGGUGUGGCCUUGAAGCAUAGCACGAUUGUUGCUGCUAUGGCCGGCGUUGAUGUCAUUGUGGGACCUUACCUGGGCCCGUCAGACGUUCUUCUGACCUACCUUCCCCAAGCACAUAUACUCGAAUUUAUGUUCGAGAAUCUUUGUCUUUAUUGGGGUGGAACCAUGGGUUACGGUAGCCCCAAAACUCUUUCUGACACAUCCGUGCGGAACUGCAAGGGUGACAUCCGAGAACUCAAACCAACCGUCCUUGUUGGUGUACCAGCUGUGUGGGAAACCGUCAAGAAGGGAAUUAUUAACAAUGUAAACAAGGGUGGUGCACUCAUCAAGGGAAUCUUCUGGGGAGGGCUUGCCGCCAAGAACUUCCUAAUGUCCACUGGCCUCCCAGGGUCCGGUAUUCUGGAUGCUGUGGUUUUCAAGAAAGUCAAGGAAGCAACUGGAGGUCAUUUGAGAAUCAUGUUGACUGGCGGAGGGCCGAUUUCCAAGGAUACCCAACGAUUCCUUUCCAUGACGCUCUGUCCGAUGAUUAACGGGUACGGUUUGACCGAAACUUCUGCCAUGGGCGCCCUUAACGAUCCGAUGGCAUGGAACCCAAACGCAAUUGGCGAUCUCCCCGCAUCCAUUGAGGCCAAACUCGUUGAUUUCCCCGAAGCUGGCUACUUCUCGCACAACAAUCCGCCGCAAGGUGAGGUGUGGAUUCGCGGCGCCAGUGUCAUGGAGGGAUACUAUGACAACGAAGCAGAGACCAAGUCCGCCAUAACGGAGGAUGGCUGGUUUAUGACUGGUGACAUUGGCGAGUUUGACAAGUACGGCCAUCUGAAGAUCAUCGACCGGAAGAAGAAUCUGGUCAAGACACUCAAUGGCGAAUACAUUGCUCUUGAGAAGUUAGAGUCGAUUUAUCGCUCUGCUGCUGUUGUGGCCAAUAUCAUGGUGCAUGCUGCGGAGGAUCAGACUAAGCCGGUUGCGGUUAUUAUACCCGCAGAACCUGCUCUAGUUGCGCUAGCGAAGGCAAACGGGAUUCAUGGGGGUAGCUUGGAGGCUCUUGUCCACGAUCAGAAAUUGAACGCUAUUGUCCUGAAGGAGCUGCAGAAUGCCGGUCGUGCUGGUGGGUUGAAGCCGUUUGAGAUUAUUGAGGGGGUUGUGCUCUCUGAUGAGGAGUGGACGCCGCAAAAUGGCUUCAUCACUGCUGCGCAGAAACUCCAGCGAAGGAAGAUCGCCUCCCAAUUUCAUAAGGAGAUUGAACGUGCAUAUGGGAAGUAA